AUGUCUGGUCCUCCUCUGGUCAUUGAUCUGUCGUCCGUCGUCCCCGUCUCAACCGGACUGGCUUGUGGAGGCACUUUCGGCGCAAAAGUGAGAGCUUGUGUGCGACAAGACAUUGACCAACAGACAACAGAGGGAGGAGCUCUUCUUGGGACCUCUUUUUUUCUUGUGCUUUCUGCUCAAGCGUCAUUUCACAUUUCGUUCGCCAUUCCCAUCACAUCGCCGUUUUCGCAAUCGCUACGUUUAUCCACAAUACUCUCGAUAUUCGAUUCAUUUCUUCCAUCGUCGAACCAUCGCGCGCCGAACCGCACCAUCCUAAUCGCCAACUUCAAAGCUUGCAUCGACGCCGCGGGUUAUCUGGACGACUUGCCACUUGAGACACCAUUCGAGCAGCACACGCUGGCGCUGGCGCAGAGUAGACAUCUACUCUGUCGCACUCGUACUCUACUCUCACAGUCACUCCUCGUCUCACACGGCACGCAGUUUUGCGCCAGUGCCCAGUGGGCGAGAAAUCACUAG